UUAAAAUUGGUUUCUCUAUUCAUUCCCUCUCUUUUUUCUUUUCUUUUAUGUUGUUUUCAGUCACUGAAUCUCUUAUGAGUAAACUACAAAACUGUUUGCACAUUUCUAAAGCCACAACUAAGGAGUAGCCUAUCAACUUGUUUGCUCUUACAAUUCAACUCUGCCGGCCAUUUAUUUAACAAUAAAUUCAUAGUCAAUGAACAAAAUAUCAUGAAAAUUCAAUUUUUGGACCGUCAUAAAAUAAAUACAACUGCAAGAGCUUCUUCUACCUCCAUCCCUGUAAGUUUUCAUGGAGAAGGAGAAGAAGAAUGGAGUUCUUCAUGUGGUGGUGUUUCCAUGGCUGGCCAUGGGCCACCUCAUACCCUUCUUCCAUCUCUCCAAGCUCAUAGCUCAAAAGGGUCACUCUGUUUCUUUCAUCUCCACCCCAAGAAACAUUCUCAGACUUCCCAAAAUACCCUCACACCUCUCUUCUCUCAUCAACCUCGUUUCCCUCCCUUUGCCCCGGUUGGACAACCUCCCGAACGACGCCGAAUCGUCCACGGACGUGUCGUACAACAAGCAGCUAUUGCUGAAAAGGGCAUUCGAUUUGCUGGAAUUGCCGUUGACCGAUUUCCUCGAGUCCUCAAAGUCAAAGCCUGAUUGGGUUAUUUACGAUUAUGCCUCUCACUGGCUUCCCCCAGUCGCGGCAAGGUUCGACAUCUCACGCGCCUUCUUCAGCUGCUUCAGCGCCGCAUGUUUGGCGUACAUUGGUCCGCCGGCGCCGUUGAUCAACGGCCAGGAUUUCAGGACCAGUGUUGAGGAUUUCACCUUGGUUCCCGAGUGGGUCCCAUUCGAGUCUGAAAUGGCGUACCGGCUUCACGAGGUUGCUAAGUAUGUACAACGUUCAAGUGAGAACGAGUCCGUUACACCCGAUACGGUGCGUUUCGGGCUAACGACUAAUGAGAGUGAAGUUGUGUUUAUUAGAAGCUCGGAUGAGUUUGAGCCCGAGUGGAUCAAUUUGCUUAGAGAGCUUUACGGGAAGGGAAAACCAGUUGUUCCUGUUGGGUUUUUACCCCCACUAAUAGAUGACCAAGUGGAUGAAUUUGAUACAAAUUGGGUCGGUAUCAAAGAGUGGCUUGACAAGCAACGAGUCAACUCAGUGAUCUACAUUGCAGUCGGGACCGAGGCAACAUUGAGUCAAGAAGAACUCACUGAGUUGGCUCUCGGGUUGGAGCUAUCUGGAGUACCGUUCUUUUGGGUGUUGAGAAAUCCACCUGAGUCAACUCAGUCCGUGUUUGAGAUGUUACCACAUGGGUUUGUGGAACGAGUUGAGGGUCGUGGAGUGGUACAUUUGGGGUGGGCUCCGCAAGUGCGGAUACUGAGUCAUGACUCUGUGGGUGGAUUCUUGACCCACUGCGGUUGGAACUCGAUGAUUGAAGGGCUCGGGUUCGGGCGGGUUUUGAUCCUAUUCCCCAUGGUGAAUGAUCAAGGGCUUAAUGCUAGGUUAGGGAAUAAUAAGGGACUUGGGGUGGAGAUACCUAGAAUUGCACAGGACGGGUCAUUUACUCGUGACUCGGUGGCUAAGCUUGUAAGGUUGGCAAUGGUGGAGAACUCGGGUGAGUCAUUAAGAAUUAGGGCUAAGGAAAUGAAGGGGUUGUUUGGAGACAGAAAUAGGAACAAUCAAAUAGCGGAUGAAUUCAUAUGCUUUCUUGAGGAGAAUAGCCCACCAAGGUUGACAAUUUAGUUACCAUGGCAGUACUGUAAUUGCCUCCAAUAAUAUCUUUGUGUGGUUGA